AGGCUGGAAGAUGUCUCUCUCACGCUUUCGAAGAGUGAACUUUGGAUCCUAUGUUAACUACAUUCCAGCUGACGAUGUGAGCAAAAAAUCCUGGAAUCAGCAGUACUUUUCUUUGAUGUUUUCCAAACCAAACCGCCCAGGGAAGAAGUGGAGAUCAACCCCAUCUGAAUUAAGAGAAAAGUCUUCUAUAGGAGAUGUAGUAAAAGAUGAUCAGAAAGCGGCUCCUAUGUGGAUGUCACGUUCUUUACUAAAAAUUUCUGAGAAACCUUCUGCUUAUUUAGCUGCCAGAAGAAAGCCCCCAUUUUUCACAGGUCCACGAAGAGCAUCAGAAUCCACAAACUCAUCCCCAGGAGAGAAAAAACAAAUGUACAGGAAAGAAAGAAAUCAAAUAGAGAAAAUAUCAAAGAAGAAGAUGGCAGACUCACCAAAAUGGUCAAAAACUAAACUACUGUACGGAGCCAAUGACAUUUCAUCCACUGAAUCUGACAGCAAGUCCAAAGGUUCGGGAGAGUGGAAGCUAAGGAAUGACAUGGAUUCAUAUAAAGACAAGGAGCCAGACACUGAAACCAAGGCUAUGGAUGUGAACAAGAAAUACAUAGAUAAGAAGAAAAAAUCUAAGGAGUCUGAUGUUGAAUCAAGUGAUUCAAAGAAUGGAAAGAAGAAAGACACGGAUUCAAGGAAGAAAUCCAAGGAUUUAGAAAAGCCUUCAAAGAAAAAUUCCAGAGAUUCAAUCUCUGAAUCCUCAGGUUCAAAGAAGAUAGACAAGGAUGUAAAGAAAAAAUCCAAGGACUUCGAUACUGAAUACAAGAAUGAAAAGAAAGACAAGGAUUCAAGGAAGAAAGCCAAGGAUUCAGGCACCGAAUCCAAGGAUGCAAAGAAGAAAGACAAGGAUUCAAGGAUUCAAGGAUUCAAGAAAUGUAAUGACUGGAACAAGAAGUACCAGAAUUUCAAGAUGAAAAACAAGAAACACAAGGAGGAGGACAUGGAAUCUCAGAAUUCAAAUGAUUCAAAGAAGAAAUCCAAAGAGUCAAAGAUACCCAAGGAUUCAAAGAAACCCCAGUAUGGGAAGAUAACAUUCAAAGGGUCAAACACUGAAUCCACAAAGAGAGAAUCAGAAGCUUCACGUGGCGUAUUCUGCUUAAGGCCCUGCAUUGCUCAACAGAUGGCGCCUCAAAUCAUAAAGGCUGACAUUAGAAAAGCACCUCUGCCAGAAGCCCAAUGGAUCCAGAAACUGAUUUGAAGAGCUAUGCGUUUGGUUCUACUGGGUAAACUUACCACAGAUAGAACCAUCAGUAGCUAGCUACUAUCAAAAAACGUUUCUACUUCUAAUAAAGAAACCUUUUGAGCUCAUUGAGUCCC